AUGUGUGCAGGUGGGGGGCAGGAGGUGUGCUCCUUUAGAUCCCUCCCCCUCCACCUCAUUGGCCGGCUGUCUGCAGGUGGCAGAACAGGAUCUGCUCCCCUCAGAUGGACUCUUCAGAGGGAAGCAGGCAGGAUCGCAGACAUGCUCACCGUCAAAGUCGGAAAAGCAAACAUGGGGAGAAAAGCAGGCGUCCUGAAAUGGUGUCUGAGGGUUGCCAUGGUGCUGCUGCCGGUGGUCCUCCUCAUCCCCUUCCUCAUGCAGCUCUACGGCAGCCCGGUCGGAGGAGGCAGCAUCUUCCCCUCGUUUGAUGACCUAUCUCUCUUUAUGUGGCCACAGCUCCCCCCCCCCUACCACCGGUCAGUCAGAUCAGCCGAUCGGGCUGGACAUUGUUUUGUAAAGCAAGAUUGUCCAGAGGGUCAGCUGAGCUUCUACAUCCUGAGCGGAGCGGCCAAUGUUGUGGGCCCAAAAAUCUGCAUCCAGAACAAGAUGGUUCUUGGAACAGUUCUGAACAAUGCCGGAGUUGGAAUAAACAUUGUGACAUUAAAUGGACACACAGGAGAGGUCCAGAAGUCUGGUAACUUUAACACGUACGAUGGAAAUGUGGAAGAUCUCAUCAAGUUCCUGAAGGACAUUGAGUCCGGUUCCGUGGUCCUGAUGGUGUCCUUUGACGAGCCAGGCACGAAGUUAAAUGAUGAAGCAAGAGCACUGAUUGCUGAACUGGGAAGCUCCUCAAUCAAGACGGUGGGAUUCAGAGACAGCUGGGGGUUUGUUGGAGCCAAAGGAAUUACAACACAGCACCCUUUUGAGGAGUAUAUAAAGAACGACCAAUCGAAAAAUAAAUACGGAGGCUGGCCUGAGUUGAUUGAGUUGAAGGGAUGCAUCCCCAAACAGCUGGAGAAAUCUGCAGAUUCUUCUUCAAACCUUCAAGCUCUAGCUGCAGGAGCAUGAAGCUGCAGAAAGUCAACUUGUUGUUCAGAACUUUUUCUGUGAUUUAGACAGAAAAAAUGCUUUUUACAAACUUAACUGAAGGGUGGGUUUUUAAUCUUUAAGAAAUGGGCUCUGAGAAAAUGCUCUUUUUUGUUUUUUAUGGCAAUGUUUUUGUCACAUUAACACUUAGCUACCUGGGAAUUUUAAUUUCAAUUCCUCAAUGUUCCUGUUCAUUUUUAUUUUUGUCUUUAUUCCAAAGCAAAUAAACCUAAUGUGGCAGGUUGAAAUGGUAACGAUUCAUUUUACAUCCUUAAAUCAGUCAAAGUUGACAAAAUGUGUAACAUGCUGAUAAUUAGAAUUGAAACAAUGAUUCCAGCAUUUUUUUACACUUAUUACUCAACACAAACCACUUUUUGUUUCCAUUUUUGUCAAAUACAUUCCACGUCUUUUGUGAAUUUACAUCCAUUUUUGUAUUUCAGGCCAAAAUGAAUAAGAAGUGGUGUUAUUUUUUAAAUUAAUACUGCCAUCAGAAAAAAAAGCCAAAUAUGUUUGCGUUAAACUGUCUCAGGGAGACAUUCUAUUCAACAUUAAGGUGAGCUGUGGGAAAAAUGAAAUGCUCCGAGAAGGUGGACAUGCUGAGCAAAAAAUUACUUUAUCUUAUUUUUUAAUGAUGUGUC